ACUAUAAAUAACUAUUGAAAAUGAAAAAAAUUUUUUGUUUUAUUUUCUCUUAUUGUAAUGAAUAAAUUUUUUUUUCUUUUUACAUUUGAGUAAACCUACAAAAUUGAUUUACAAAUUUUUUGUUUUGAUAGAGAAAGAAAAAUUAAAAAAAAGGAGAACAAAAAAAGAAAGAAAGAAUAGUAUUUCAAUUCUGUUACUAUGGGUUUGUAUAUCUACUGUUUAUUUAAAUAUACAUCAUAGAUGGUGAAUAAAUGAAUAUUUUUUUUACAUUCAUGAAUAUGAUACCAUACCCUCAUAGCAACAAUAAUAAUAAUAAUAUUAUUAUUAUUAUUUUUAUUACUAUUCUAUUACAAUGUAUUGGAUUAAUAUUUGUUAAAACAGAAUCUAUUCAUGGGAGUUAUGAACUGAUUGGUUUGACCAAAGAUCCAAAAACUUUUAAUGGUAAAUUAUGUGGAACGUGUCUGAAAUUUCAUAAUUCCAUCAUGUCACUGUUUCUGGACUAUGGUAAACUUGAAAGUUUUCAAGAAAAAUUAAUUGAUAUCUGUGAAUAUAUUGGACCAUUUCGUGAUCAAUGUGUAUCCUUAGUUACUUUUACAAUGUUUAAAACAAUCAAUAAAUCUAUAUCCAAAAUUGAUCCAUCAAUAUCUUGUGAGGGCUGGUAUUUGUGUUAUAGGAAAUAG